UAUCACUCUCUCUCUCUCUUUCCCUGUUCUUUUUCUCUCAUUCUUCUUCUUCUUCCUCUAGAGAUCUCUAUCUCUAUCUCCACCCUUUUUCUCUUUCUUUAGAGAGAUAACAGUGACAUUUUCUCUGAACGCAUCUAUGGCUGUUCUGUUUCUUUCACUUCUCCUCGUAGCCAUGGCCGGACAUUCUAGUGCCUCGUGGUGUGUGUGUAAAACAGGACUGAGUGAUACAGUGCUACAGCAAACCCUAGACUAUGCCUGUGGAAAUGGAGCAGAUUGUAAUCCUAUUAAGCCAAAACAAUCUUGCUUCAACCCUGACAAUGUUAGGUCUCAUUGCAGCUACGCAGUCAAUAGCUUCUUCCAAAAGAAGGGCCAGUCUUCUGGCACUUGUGAUUUUAAAGGCACUGCCACUCCCACCAGCUCCGAUCCCAGCUAUACAGGAUGUAACUUCCCUACUAGUGCCAGCGGCUCUGGUGGCAGCACCACUGUGUCACCUGGCACAUCCAGUCCAAAAGGUAGCUCAACCACCACCACACUUCCUGGUAGUGGUACCAACAGUCCUUAUUCAGGGACCUCAACCAAUGGAGCAUUUGGAGGCAAUAGCACAGGAAUCAACACUGGGACAGGGAUUAACCCGGAUUACACUACAGAUAACAGCGCGUUUGCUCUCCAGAACUCGAGCAAACUGUUCAUCGGCCUUCUCUUGAUCGCUUCGAGUGUUUCUGUUCUUUCUUGAUGCUCUAAGGAUGUUAGUGUUCUCUGGUUUUGUGGGUGCACUUAGUUAUCGUUCCGAGGACAUGGGUCUAGUUUAGUGGUAAUCUCUGUCUCUAUGUUAUGUUUUUGUUGUAAGAAAGAUUUCAGCUCGUGCUUUUACUCUUACCUCUUGACGGUUGAUGCCAGUCGAAAAAUUUAUAUAUAUAAAUGAUCUUAUCCC